AUGUACAGUUGGUUGCCCGCCGCUGAACAAGGCCGUCACCGAGGCAAUAUGCAUCAUAACAAGAUGGCGAUCCCAAUCGCAUACCAACCGACCCGAUAUACGGGAGACAUGGACGAUACACCGCUGGUUAUUCGAGAAGAAGCAGGCCUGGAGCCGUAUGCAGUGGAACCAAAUGGGCCGACAGUACAUUACUUCUCCAGAAUGAAGGACACCGUCAGAGGCCACAUCAUCGCCAUGAUAUCCGAAUUCAUCGGCACUUUCAUGUUUCUAUUCUUCUCAUAUGCCGCUGCUCAGAUAGGCAACGAGAAGGAGGACUCAUUGCCGCUGUUCAACGCGCCGGAGGGGCUAAGCCUUCUACAAAUAUCGUACAUCGCUGCUGUCUUCGGGCUCAGUCUUGGUGUCAACGUGUGGAUCUUCUAUAGAGUGGCCAUCGGGCUUUGGAUUGCUGGGGCUUUCGACUGGAUUCGCCUCCUCUGCGUUAUACCUGUCCAAUUUCUGGGAGCGAUUACAGCAGCUGGAGUCGUGUCUGCUUUGCUUCCUGGGAAAUUACAAGCGGAAAACGCUCUUUCAUCGGGAACAUUGCCUGUUCAGGGCCUGUUCCUCGAAGUCAUCCUUACUGCAGAGCUCGUUAUGACCAUCAUAAUGCUCGCUGUUGAAAAGAGUCGCACUUCAUUUAUCGCACCUCUAGCCAUUGGCUUCGCCCUUUUUGUAGCACAUCUUAUUGGGAUCAAUUAUACCGGGACCUCUGUGAACCCAGCUCGAACUCUGGGUCCGGCGGUCGUGAACAACAACUACGUCGACGACAUCUGGAUUUUCUUUGUGGGGCCUGUUCUAGGAGCCGUAGUGGCAGCCGGGCUUUACCACCUCCUGAAAGCCAUGGGAUACGAAACCGCCAAUCCCGGACAGGACGAUGACGGCCUAGGGUUCUACCGGAUCGUCUAUGAGAGGCAGCGGCCAGCGAGGCCGAGGCGACCGAGCUCGGAUAACCUGUACAACACGUACUUGCAGGAUAUGACGUCGCCGAGGACGAGGAUGAAGUUCUGA